UAGCCAAUUAUAAAUUAUAGGUAGAUGGGUCUCCAACUUGGAAGAAGCACGUGUGAUGCAGAACGUGCUUAGUUGUACUAAUUCUUAUCUUUGUCCGUAACUAGUUGUAAGGUGGUGAGUCCGUCUUGUUAAAAUUUCCAAAUCAUCAGAAUGUUGAAAUUAGGAUCUUGACAGCAAUGCUAUGAUUCUGCAGGAGUUACCAACUUGCCAUCACCCUUGCCCUUCUGAAGUUUCAUUCUCUAGUAUUCAUUUACUUUUCGUGACCAAAGAUUGAAAGGAGACAGAAUUUUCAUUCUUUGUUGAUAUAGUGCGGUUGUUGGAUAUGAUCCACAUACAACCAAAGAUAAAGGAAAAAGAAAUCAAGUAGCAGGAAAUUGUGGCAGUUGGUGAAAAAGAAACUGAACAGUAACUUGGAUUGUUGACUUGUAUCUAUAAUAUACCAUGGUUCCUCCCUAUUGUGUCUGUUUAAACAGCAAUCGCGUAAGGUCCUGAGUCCUAACCAGCAUGUUAAUGUGGAGGCCAAGGUCCACACGCACUAGAUGGUGCGAUCCAAAAUUACAGGCGUAGUUUCAACAUAUAUAUUUAAAGUUGGGUUGGAAAAGUUUGUUCAGGACUUGAACAGGAGGGCACUGAAAAGUGAUUCCAAUGAUGAAAGGCGAAGCAAAAUCAUAGGUAGUCUCAUUAUGAUAAAAUUUAAAGGCACUUGAGGAACCAAACGCAUUGGCUUUCCUCUUCUUCUUCUUUUUUCCUUUUUUUUUUUUUCAAAUACUUUCUCAAACAAACAAAAGAAAAGCCAGAAGCUACCAUUUUUAUACGUUUUGUUGCCCUUUUUCACCUUUCCCACUGUCUUCUUGUGUGGAAUUUAGGGUGUUCGGGUCCUACCAUUUUCCUUAGUGAAAAUGCCUAAAAAUUCUAUCAUAAAACACAUAGAUUUUACUAUCAUACAAUCUCAUUCUUCAGCAGUUCUUGUUCUCAUACAAAUGAUACAACCAGGAUCGUGCAAACCAUUCUAGAACCCACCAUAUAAUCAUCACAGCUAUCCAUACAAAUACUAAAAGGAUACAAUCAGUGACAGGUUUUGAAAAAAGCAAAAUGCGAGGAUUCAGCAUUUUUCCUCUUGGAGGUUGCUUUGAUGGGUGCCGAGAUCAUACACAAACAUCAGGAUUUGGCAGCAGGAUCUGGAACCUGAGCGACAGAUCCAUCGAGCUUCAAGUAAGGGUAGGCUCAAUACUGAAAAAGGUUCAUACACUGAAGCCAGGAUCUUCCAAGAGACUUAAAUGUAAGAGCAUAUACAAAGCCUAUAUGCCUGGUGGUAGAAGUGGCAGCGGUAGUCAUGGAGGGAUGAAGAGCAUAUUGUAUUACUACGACGAAACCUGUCAUCCUUACAUUUGGGUUCAUGACACUGGUGGUGAUUUUUCCAGGAUGGUAAAGCAGCAGUACAUCAGUCUUGAAGACCUGAGGGAUUAUUCUGAGAUCAGAAUCUUCAGGGAUCAUCAAAGAGGAUGCAUAUCGGUUCGCAAGAAACCUAGGCCAGAUCUUUGCUGAUUUUUACCCUAGAAUUUUAUUUCCUAUGCUUAUGUUUUGUGUGGUUAAUGGCAUUGAAGUUUGUUUGCUUCUCCAGAUUUUUCUCAGAUCAUCUUUUUCCAUCUUUUGUUAUUGUUCCUGGGUUUGGGUGUACCUGAAGAAUUCAUCAGAAUGUACUGUCACAUAGCAACAUGUAUGCAUAAGAGAAUGAAACUACAGACUAGUGUAGCUACACUACUGUAUAUGCUUCUUUAAACAGUUCAGCUGCAUGUGUUUAUUGUUUAAUUGCAUGUUAGAAAUCUAAUUUUCUAUAUAUUCUUCUCAA